CCAGUGCAUGUCGUGACCCAGGGAAGAGGAACAUCAGGAGGAGAGUUCGAAACCCUGGAGGUGAACCCUUGUUGAAGGCAUCUGAGAGAAAGUGUUAGUUUGGGAGAAGAUUCUAAGGCGAGGUCCUGGAGAGUGAAGAUUAGAAUCCCUCAUGUGAAGGACAGAAUUCGAACGAAAAGAGACAAUGAUGUGUUCUAACCAGUUAAAUACUUCUUCCCUUGGACAGACUGGACAGAAUUUGAAUCAGGGCCUGCAUGCUGUGAAUGGUACUGCCAUGAAUGUCAAUGGUCCCCACGUGCUGGGAACUUUUACACCAGAAGAUACCCUACAGCAAAUGGACGAACUGAUUAAGGAGAACAAUGAGUUGAAAGAAGCAAUCAAGCAAACAAAUCAUGCUAUGAAGGAACGUUAUGAAGAGCUUGCAACUUGGCGUGAGAAACAGCGGGAAGAACGGGAGUAUAUUCAGAAGAAGUUCGAGGAGGCCAAAGCCCGACUAACGGACUUUGCUGCAGAGAAUGAAACCUUGAAGAGCAAAAUACAAGAAUUAAAUAGCGAUGGUUUACAGGGUAUACCCAAAGAUGCGUCCUCUAAUCUGGUGGAACAAGAUGUUCAACAACUGAAAGCGCUUGUUAGCAGGCUGCAGACUGAAAAGGCUGAUUUGGUUGCCAUGAAUUCGGAGCUUCUGCUGAAAUUGGGUGCCGCAGCAUCUGAUGAUUCAUUCGUUGAAAUUCGAAUGGUGGAGGACAUGGAUGAUGGUGAACUAAAAGCAGCAAAGGAUUUGCAGUGCGAAGAUGCAGACAGCCAUGCAGCCUAUAUGUCAAAAGUACAUGAUGAUACUGGGAAACGUCUGAUGUCUGAAGAGUUAACAGUCAGUCAACUCCUUCAUGUGCUGAGGGACAAGACUCUGAAUUUGGAAAAGCUUGAACAUGAGCUUCAAUCUUCAAAGCAGAGGAUUUCAGAGCUCGAGAAAGCUAGUGAAACAACUGAGGUUGCAACACAGACUGAGAAGAAUGUAGCAGAGCAGCCUUCGUCCAAUAUGACACAGGAAUUGACAUCAGAGACUCCAAUGACUAUUGUCAAUGUAGAACAACAGAAUACUGAAACAGCUGCUCCAGUAGAAGGAUUGAGUAAUCUGAACAAGCAGUCUCCAAAUGAAGUUGAAGCAUUGAAGUCGCAAGUGAUGUCAUUAGUAAAAGACUUGCAGGAAGCCCAGAAAAAGUUGGAUGAAGCUGAAAACAUGAAGAAGUCUCUUCAUGAGAGAGGUCUGGAUUUGGAACAAAAGCUGGCUAACAGCCAGGUGGUUGUGGAGGAGACAAGGCAACUCAAGUUUUCCAAUGAAAAGCUGAAGUUGCAAGUGGAAAGCUUACAAUCAGAACAACAAAUUGACCAGAUGAAAUUAGCUGACGAGAAAAUGAAAUUAACAGAAGAAAAAAGAAAGCUCACACAGAUCCAAGCAGCCUAUGAUAAUUUGUUUGAAGAUUACAAUGACCUUAUGAGGGUUAAGGAAGAAAUGAAAGUUGAAGAGAAUAAACAGACGGAGAAAAUCAGUGCUCUUACUGUUGAGCUGGAUGUAGCUAAAAGAACAAUGGAAGAAAAUCAGAAAGCAGUUGCUGAACUGACGAGGACUAUUAAACAGCAAACAGAUGAGCUGAAUGCACAGAGUGUACACAACGCUGACUUAACUGACAUCUCCAGUCAAUUAGAAAUGGCUGAGAAAGCCCUGGCGGAAAAGCAGCAAAAGAUUGAUACAAUGAAGCAGACGAUUAUAAAACAGGAAGAAGAAAUAGAAACUGUGGCUGUGUUCCAAGCACAGGCUGAUGUUUACAGUGCAGAUUUCCACGCUGAAAGAGCAGCUCGAGAGGCGAUACAUGCAGAAAAGGAGUCAUUGGUUGAAAAGUUGCAUUUGCUAGUGAAAGAAAACACAAAAAUGAAGGAGGAACUCGAUGCACUCAGCAGGCAGUCUUUAAUUGAACUGCAGCGUCGCCAUAGCAAUCUAGUGGCUGAGGAUAACGUAGCAUUACAGCAGCCGGUGGCACAAGGACCUGAAAGUCUUAUUUGGGAACAUCAAGGGGUUCUGCCAGAACAUGUGUGUCCAAAGUGUGGUACUGUCUUGCCUGACAUCGACACCCUACAGAUACAUGUCAUGGAUUGCAUCAUAUAAGCAUAAGAUCUAAAUAACCAUUUGUGUGAUUCUUAUAGCUAUGCAAAUAUGUUGGAUUUGCCUUUGCCUUAUUGGAGAUGGAGGAGAAAGGGUAACGAUUGAUGUGAUUCUCUUUACUGAACUUAAUUUCAAACUUGUAAUUGUGAAAAUAGUACUUUAUUAUCUAGUACUUUCUUAAUAUUUGCUUAUGUGAAUGUGGUGUUCAUUAAUCUUUAGGAACUUAAUUCUAAGGAAAUUGCACCAAAGGAUAUAACAUUGUUCAACAAUAGCUUUUCAGAGAUUGCACAAUACAAAGCCAUAUUUUCCUA